AUGGUUGAGAGAAUUCAGCAAAACGACAAAGAGACCCCGGUCGAGGCUUUCAGAGAUGGGUUGAGCAAUGCCGAUCAGGGUAGAGCCUCCACGACUAGCGCGGCCGCGGCUGUUCGUAUGGCUUCUACAAAAUACGUAGAGGACGAUAUUCGCCUGGGAGAGCCCACUCUUGAUCUCGAGUCGAAGGACAUGUCAGCAUCUGGAGAUGCCUCCAACCCAGACGAUAAAACCGUCUGGUGGGAUGGACCUGAGGACCCCGAGAAUCCCUAUAAUUGGCCGAAUUGGCAAAAGAUCUUGAACUGCGGGCUGAUUAGCAUCAUGACCUUGGUAUCGGCUCUCGGAUCAUCUAUUUUUGCGCCCAGCGUUCCCGAAGUCAUGGCCGAGUUCGAAUCAACAUCUCUGACCAUGGCGUCUUUCGUAGUCUCGGUUUACGUACUGGGUUAUGCUUCCGGUCCUCUCCUCCUGGCGCCACUCUCCGAGAUUUAUGGCCGCCUAAUCGUUUACCACGUCUGUGACUUUUGCUUCGUGGUUCUCUCGGUGGGAUCAGCCUUGGCGCCGACUCUAAACAGCCUCGUAGCGAUUCGUUUCUUCGCCGGAGUAGCUGGCUGCGCACCUGUUACUAACGGUGGUGGCUCCAUAGCUGAUAUGGUGCUCCCCGAGCAGCGUGGCAUUGCCAUGGCCUUGUACAGCGUCGCACCUCUGGCCGGUCCCAUCGUUGGCCCUAUUGUGGGUGGAUUCGUGAGCCAAUCGCUCGGCUGGCGUUGGACCUUUUGGGUUUUGUCCAUUGUCGCGGGAAUGAUUUCUUUGCUGAUGCUCUGUGUCAUGCGAGAGAGCUACGCCUACGUCAUCUUGAAGCGCAAGACGGCUCGCUUGCAAAAAGCAACCGGAGACUACGAGUUGAGAUCGAGACUCGAUUCAGGGUUGUCGACGACCGAUCACUUUAAGCGUGGUAUCAUUCGGCCAAUCAGGAUGUUCAUCACGUCUCCAAUUAUUGCAAUCACAUCCGUUUACAUGGCCAUCUCGUACGGGUACCUCUAUCUGAUGUUUACCACCAUGACGACGGUAUUCGAGGACACGUAUGGAUUCUCUACGGGCCUUGUUGGGCUCGCGUACCUCGGCCUCGGUGUCGGUAGUAUGAUUGGAGUAGUCUACACCAGUUUGACAUCUGACCGGCACCUCAAGAAGAAACCGGCCAAAACUGUGGAAUCAUCUGAUGAAUCUACACAAUCUCAAUCGACGGCGAAGCCGGAGCAGCGGCUGAGAAACCUUCCCGUGGGAGCAUUGCUUGUUCCUUGUGGUUUCUUCAUCUAUGGCUGGACUGCCCAGUAUCGAGUGCACUGGGUUGUUCCAAUUAUCGCACACAUACCUAUUGGGCUAGGUAUCCAGAUCAUCUUCUUUUGCAUCCAGGUCUACCUCAUUGACGCCUUCACCAUCUAUGCUGCGUCGGCGAUAGCCAGCAACACUGUUGUUCGAUCGCUUUUCGGGGCGUUCCUACCCAUGGCUGGCUUGCCCAUGUUUAGUGAGCUUGGCCUGGGUUGGGGGAAUAGCUGCUUGGGCUUUAUUGCCUUGAUCAUGAUUCCUGCAGCCGUCGUCCUGAUCAAAUGGGGUGAGACUAUCAGAUUACGUCACCCAGUAAACUAG